UUGGUGGACGAGUCGGACAUGUACAACUGGGAAGUAGCGAUAUUCGGACCCCCAAAUACACACUACGAGGGUGGUUAUUUUAAGGCUCGGAUCAAGUUUCCCGUCGACUACCCGUACUCUCCACCUGCUUUCCGCUUCCUCACCAAAAUGUGGCACCCAAACAUUUACGAGAACGGGGAUGUAUGCAUCUCGAUCCUGCACCCACCGGUGGAUGACCCACAGAGCGGGGAGCUGCCUUCAGAAAGGUGGAACCCCACACAGAACGUCAGGACCAUCCUGCUCAGCGUGAUCUCCCUGCUGAACGAGCCCAACACCUUCUCCCCGGCCAACGUGGAUGCGUCCGUGAUGUAUCGCAAGUGGAGGGACAGCAAGGGCAAGGACAGAGAAUACAUCGAGAUCAUCAGGAAGCAGGUGUUGGCUACCAAAGCUGACGCAGACCGGGAUGGCAUCAAGGUUCCCAUCACGUUAGACGAGUACUGUGUCCGCACCCAAGUCCCUCCUACAGAUGACGGCUCCAACCUCCUAUACGAUGACUACUACGACGACGAAGAACUGGAAGAGGAUGACGAGGACGAUGACGAGGACUGUUGCUAUGACGAGGACGACUCAGGCACCGAGGACUCCUGACCACGCCUUCCCCAUGAUGCCCCCCCGUCCCCCCCGAUCAGCACCUGGCCUCACCAACCCCUCCCCCGCACCUCUGUGUCAUGGACUGAACUUUAAUUCCCUGUCCCCCUUCUUCCUGAAUCCCACCAAUCCUUCAUCAUCCUCACUUAGCACAGAACCCCUGUCCACCUACUCAAACCUGAUGCAUCAAAGAAAAGAAAGCUACACAGUUUGUUUUGUUUGUUUGUUACAUGUUACAAUGCUUUUAUUUUUUUAAUUUGUUGUCUGAUUAGAGGUUACACACAUGAUGCACACACAGCAGCACAACUUACAGUAAUAGAACUGAGAACCUGUUUUGUUCCUCAAAGGCGUUUUAGCUCCAAGACCUAUUUCCUCCUCCGCCUUUGAGUGGUGCAAAGCCUCUCUAAUGGCCAGGUUUCUUGGCUAAUGAUUGGUCACGCCUUUUCUGUGCAUCAUCAGCAGGGUGGAAUGUAACGUCACAGGUCGGAUCAGAGUCAAACAAGCAGAGAGCAUAAGGAAGCUUAUUCAGGAAAACUGGCAUACGGUAUGCGUGGUUUGAAAGGCUGAAUCACUUCUGUCUCUGAGCCAUGUGUAUGACCUCUGGUUAGCAGGCUGUUUGAAGCCCUGCCGCGCUUCACCUCUGACCUUUUGAGCCCUGGGGCUUGUGCAGCUCCAAAUAGGGAAGCUUUCCAUUUUAAAAAGGUGUUCACACGCCCCUUGUGCCUUCCCUCACUCCCUGAAACCACAGAUCUGGACGACUCGUGGUGCAGAGCAUAUACACAGCGGGUCAAAGCAAACCCCAUACCAGCCAGACAAACAAAGGUGGCAGAGGGAGAUAUUCAGGCUCAAAAGGUCCCAGGUGGGCAAAGGUUUCGCCUUCCCGAUGGAACGACCUUGGAUUUAUUUAUAGCAGCACCUGUCUUAUUUGUCCAGGGCGUGAGUGAGAAAGGUAAAAUCCAACAGUUGAACUAAAGAAUGGAAUGUAGAUCAGAAAUCCCACAGACAUCCUCUACUGACUGCCACGCAGCCUUCAUCACACAAGCACGUGCUACUAGUGGCCUGGAUGCAUUAAGGAACAGCAAGCUGAGUCUGCUGCUGCUCAUGAAAUCCAAUGUACUGUAUUAAAAAAACUAUGCAGUCAGUGCUUGAACCUACUUAAUAUGCAGUGCUUUAAACGUGGCAGUAACAGUCUGACCUAAACCCCCAGCAUGAGUUUUACAAGCCAGCUAUGUACCUGUGAGGGCUGUGGGCUGACCGUGUCCUCGGUUAGAGAUGGAUGUGUGUAGUUGUAUCUGUCUUUAUGUUUGUCGGUGGUUUGUUAUCCUAACUCAGAGUAGCACAAGUCUAUAGAGAGGAAGAAAGUGAGAUUGUAUACUAGCCUUCAUCAGAGCUCGGCACCUAGUGGUGGCAGUGUGUACAGGCAGUUAGCACCCCCCCACCCCCACCCCCGAAAUGCUCGACUGGGCCGCAGCCAUCUUGACUCACCUGAAUCAAUGAACCCUGUUACCUCAAAGGCAGCAGUGGGAAUGAUUUAGGAGAAUGAAAAUGACUGACAGGGUUUAGCUUUCAGCCUACACCCUCAAAAGCCCAGUGGUUUCUUCUCUCCUAAGUGACAGGAGUGCUCUGUUGCACACUCGAGACACUUUACCACCAUCCAGCAGUAUUUCCGAUGUAAUUCUCAUCAUUGCUGUAACCAUGUUUCCCGUGUGUGUGAAUAUUAGCCGAUCGUUUAUAAGAUGUGCUGGAGAUGAAGCGCAGAAAAUGGGAAGGCAUGGGGAUAGGGUUGACCUUUGAGCAUGUACAGGAGACUGUGGUUCUUCACUAGCAUGCUGUUAUGUGUUUGUGGUUUUAGAUCUGCUAUAAGGGUCGGGAUUGUGUCCAGGGACAAAGGUCCUCUACUCAAUUUUAUCUAAAACUGUUGCAUUGUGAAUUGGCUGAGGGUUGUCUGUGUUUUUUUAGGGUGGGGGGGGGGCUUUUUUUACUGUCUAAAUGCAAUCUUUUAUUUCCAAAUUGUGGCAUUGGGCUGCAAUGUUUUCUAUCUCAUAUGUAUUAAGUACUAUGGAUAUCGACCCGAUUGUUUAAAAACCCAGUAUUGUUCAAGAAUGAAUAAAUGUACCAACUUAUUACACACAAAUAUGAAACAGCAGAAACAUAUUGCAGAACCAAACUGUACACCAUACAGUAAGUAUUCUUGCCUGUAAUCAAGCCCUGAAUGCUCAGAAAGAAGUUAUCAAUACACAAUAAUUUGCUAAGGUCCAGCCUAUGAUUGACCCCCGCAUGUUGAUGUCUUAGGGUGAAUGGGAUUUCAUUUUUGUCAAACUACUGUUAUUUUUUAUCGUCUUUCCUCCCCAUUCGUCCUCUUAGUUCUCUGAUUGGUGGCAGCAUCAAUGAGGGGGGAAAACCCAGCAGUUAAUCACAGCAAACCUCAGGAAAAAAACAAAACAAAAAAACAACUACCAACCAACCAACAAACAUCCUUUUCCAGCUGAGUGAUCCUGACCCCGGGGAGUCUCACUUUUAGGCUUCAAAGGACUGUUUACAAUCUCUACCUUGAUAUGCACAUGUGGAUAUUGACGAUCACUUGAUGGUUUUUUUUUUUUCUUGUUUAUAUUUUCUUUUUUCUUAUGGUUUGUAAAUCUAUUUAAAAUCUGAAAUAAAGAUCUUUAUUAGA